UUCGACGUCGUCGAUUGCGUUGUCUUCGCCGGGAUGCUGGGUGUAUCGGCCCUCAUCGGCGUAUACCAGGCUUACAAGUCUAGGAAAAACGUGAACGCCGUUAGGGAAUACCUCGUCGGUGGACAGAACAUGUCCAUAUUUCCCAUAAGCAUGUCUUUGAUUGCGAGCUACAUCUCGGGUAUCACUAUACUGGGAAUACCGGCUGAAAUGUACGUCUAUGGAACCCAGCUGUGGUGCGUUGUCAUCCCGGAUUGUUUCGUGUCCCUGACGAUGGCCUUCGUCUACUUGCCAGUAUUUUACAAGCUGCAAAUCACGUCGUCCUACGAGUAUCUGAAUUUGCGAUUCAACCACGUGGUGCGACUGAUGGGCUCGAUCAUAUUUAUCAUCAAGAUGUUGCUCUACAUUCCGUUGGUGAUCUACGUGCCUGCGUUGGCCUUCAAUCAGGUCACAGGCAUCCAAAUUCACCUGAUCACGCCGAUCGUAUGCGUAGUCUGCAUAUUCUACACGACCCUGGGUGGUUUGAAGGCCGUCGUAUGGACGGACACGAUACAGACGAUAGUGAUGUUCGGGGGCGUGAUCGUCGUCAUUGUGCUGGGAACGGCGAGGGUCGGGAGCGUCCAGGAUGUCUGGCAAAGAAGCUGGGACAGCGAUAGGAUUGAAUUUUUCAACAUAAAUCCGGACCCUACCAUCAGGCACACCUUCUGGACGGUUGUCGUCGGGAAUUACUUGAACUGGCUCGCGUCCUGCUCCGUAAAUCAAUCUAUGGUGCAGCGUUGCUUGUCGAUGCCGAAUCUUCGCAACGCGAACAUCACGAUCGCCAUUAUGGCCGUAGGCAUGGUAACCAUUGUCUCUAUGAGCUGCUACACCGGACUUGUCAUAUACGCGGCCUUUCACAAAUGCGAUCCCAUUACGACCAAGCAAAUAAAUAAGGCGGAUCAGCUGCUGCCGUUUUUCGUCAUGGAAAUAGCCGAGAGCGUUCCCGGGCUUCCGGGCCUUUUCAUAUCCGGUGUCUUCAGCGCUGCUCUAAGCACGAUGUCAACCGGCUUGAACUCCAUGUCCGGCGUGAUCUACGAGGACAUGAUUAAACCCUUGAUGAAACGACCGCUCGGCGACACGGCGGCCAGUCGAGUGAUGAAACUCACGGUUGUCUUGAUCGGGACUAUUUGUGUGGGCCUGGUAUUCCUUGUGGAAAAGCUCAGCAGUUUAAUUCACGCUGGAAAAAGUUUGUCUGGAAUUACGGCUGGACCAUUGCUGGGUAUUUUUACCCUUGGAAUGUUUUUUCCCUACGCAAACUCGGCGGGCGCCCUGACCGGUGGAAUCGUUAGCGUGUGCUUCGUCGCCUGGAUAUCCUUCGGUACUCAAGCUGCCAUAUCCAGUGGGCAAAUACAUUUCGUACCGAAACCAGUUUCGGUGGAAGAAUGCUCGGAACAGUUCAAAAAUAUCAGCUUUCAAAAUUCCACCACAAUACUGGAAAAGGCAUCAAGUGAGGCGCCAUUCUUCCUCUACAGAAUGUCGUACUUGUGGUAUACCUGGGUUGGAUUUUUGGUCGCUAUUUUGGUCGGGCUACUUGUGUCUUGGAUUACAGGCCCGAACAAAUACAGAGUUGAGGACAAGAAUUUGUACACACCCGUUAUACAUAAACUUUUGACAAGAGGUUCAGGUCCCACGAAUAUGACGGAACUCGCAAAAGUGAAUCAAGUAGCCGAGACGAGUUGAUAAUUAGAGAAAAUCAGAGGGAAGAACAAGAAAGAAAUUGGUUAAAAUGUCAAUUUUGGCUAUCUCGGCGCACCCAAGAGUACACAGAGCAUGCAAGGUACAUAUUUUAUGCUUAUAAUCAUACUUACAUAAUAUAUAUAUAUAUAUAUACAUGUUGAACGAAUUUUACAAUUUACUAUACGUAGAAAUUUGCACACACUGUUGUAAACGCUGGCAUAGUCCCGUGAAUAAUUUGUAACUUCCUUUCAAUAAUUAUACCAGCAUAUUAAUAUCUGCAUUAUGGGCGUG